GUAGACGCGCAACGUGCUGCAAUUCUGUGCGCUUGCACAACUAUUCAGUACUGAUAAUGCCGAUUCGUGUCCACUGGCACAAAUAUGGAGGAUUAAGCGAGAUCAAUAUUUAAUAUUUCGCCAUCAAGAUUUUUCCAUUUCUUCCACCCUGGGAUUUCUCAUUUAAAGGCUCACCUUUUUUUCUUCCCUCAAGCUACGGCGGGGUUUUCGAACAUGUUCAAGGGCGCUGCUCUUUUCUUGUUUCUCUUUACGGCUUCUGUCUUCGCCUUCCCCUUUCCUCAACGGAAGGUGUUACGCCGCCUUGCGCCUCAGCUCCGGGACCCUAUUCACGGAGAAACGAACGCGCAGCGACUCGCGAGGGGCUUGCCUCCUUUGCCCCCAGCUAGGAGGUGGAAUAUUGAAGCUUCACCAACUGAGAGUAAGUCUGCAGCCACUUCACUGACACGUAGCACGAAGAUGUAUGGCGGGAUUAUAAUUCGGUUUGAUCUCCAGCUGCCAAAAGGGCACAGGGCAGCGACACAUACUACUGGAGCGGCAAAAUUCAAAUAAAUUCCACGCAAGGCGGGAAAUCACUUGGAUACCUCGAGUUCACCAACGGGUGGUACUCAAUAGGGGCGGAGGCCCACGGCGAUACUUUCUCG